AUGAACGAUCAAGGAAUCCAAGAAUCCACUAGUGCUCAGCCGCUUACACCAAAGAAGAGCUCAAUCGUGCUCCCUUCAAUGGAGAACUUGGUUGGAAAAGCAGAUGGAAGCACUGGAGCAUUGGAUAUAAGCAGUCCAAAUGCACAGGAACAUCUGAGACUAGUGUCUGCUCGAUAUGCUCAUCUUCCGACUCCGCAAAGUCCUAACGAUUUCACAUAUUAUGUCCCUGGACUCACGAAUGGCCCAGAUUCACCCAUUUCUCAUCUUUCUCGCUCUUUUGCUUCGUCUUCACGAUCCGUCAUUGAACCCCCAGCAAGCUCAAGCCUUCUUGACGGGACACCGAAACGGCCUAUGGCCAAGACACAACCUUUCAUAACUCCGGACUCAAGUCCUUUUGUUAGUCGAAUUGAAGCACAUAGCCAUGUCACAACGCUCUCAACUCCGACUCGUAGUCAGUUGCCACCUUCUAACGGCGUGGAUUCACUGGUUCCAUUUUUUGCUCCUCCUAUCCCUCGGAAGACCCCCUCGCCGUCGCCUUCUGAGCAUCACUCUUCCGGUCUCUCCUCCCCUUUCAUGGCGAAAUCAACUCCUCGGCCAUCCUCUAACUCUCCUCCUAACCUCAAGGAAACGACUUCUUUAUUCACCGCCAUUCCCAAUGGAACUAUAUCUACUUCUGCAAUCUCUACACCUCCUGUCUCCCCUCUUCUUGCAUCAGGAUCACUCUCAAAUACAACAACUCCGCCUAUUCCGGCCGGUGGCGAGCUAGAUCGCAUCCACCAGGUUAUACAGCAUCAACAUGAUGAUCGAGAGAGUCGUCGACCUGAAUAUCUUACGCGAGCAAAGAGAAGUAUUUCCGAAGUCGAUUUUGGUGGAUUGAUGGAGGACGAAAAUUUAGCUGAUAGAGAGAGGUUCUCCUCUAUUGGGAUCACGGAAAGCCCAAUGAAAGGUCGCCGAAUAAAGUUGUUCCAGGAAACGAGUGAGGAAAGCUUUGAGGAGAGCCUUAUGGCUGGAGGAUACGGUCGUUAUCGCACGGCUGAAUGGGUUCGUCAGCCUCAACCGAUCGUUGUCAAUGCAGGGACAGGAGCUCCGGUCAACGUCGUUGCACAUCUUGAAGAGGUUCAACAACAAGAAGCCCCUUCUCGUCCCCUCACUGAAAAAGAGGUUCGCAAGCAGAAAAGGCUGGAUGCCUUUCGCAGUUCAUCUUCCUCUACAUCCCGGUUAUACCCAGUGGAAAUCGAGGGUAAAGGUCGGGUGCUACUUGACGUUCCUACUGAACAUAAUGACAUCGAUACUUCUUUGGCUACCUCCAAAAAGCGUACACCGGGCAAGCGCAAGAGGAAGGCCGAGCCGACAGCGAAAGAAAGACGAGCUGCUGCUGCUGCUGCUGCCGCUGAAGAGUCAGCAGAGAAACCAAAUUGGCCUGAUGCGGAGUUUCCAUGGCGGCUCAGAACGGAAGAGAGAACUGAACAAGCUAGGGUCGAGGAGCAGGAGCGUCUUGAAUGGAUUGAGAAGUACCUGGACCGUGACACCGAUGAAGAGGAUGACGGCGAAGGCGGCAGCAUCGAUGGAGGUGUUUACGGUGGUGCUGCGGAUGCUGAAGAUGAUGAAGUACUUCCGUCAUCGGUCUGGGGUGUUGUGUAUGAAGAUGGAGAUGAUCAGCCAAUUCCGUAUCGCGCUGGCAGAGGCAAGAUGGUACCUUUAUCAGGAGACCCAAACCAACCAUUAAAAUUCAAACGCAGGCGAAGCGCGUAUUUUCCGAGCGAUCCAGCUGACGCGAGAGCAGCUCUUUUGUCAAAAAAGAAUGUCCGUGUUCUUUCCUUUCGCCGCCAACGAUCAAUAUCCCAUCGGAAGUCGAUCAGCGGGAACGAAGACGAUCAGAUCCUGUGUAUCUGUCGUGGAGUAGACGACGGGAGAGAGUUAGUGCAAUGUGAUUCUUGCAAAACCUGGUAUCACCUCGAUUGCAUAGGGAUCGAUGAUAUUUUGGAACUGGGACCACCUGACAACGAUUGGUUCUGUUAUCGUUGUGAGAACGCAAGUGACUCCCCUCCAUCUGUAGAAGCAACUGUUCCAGUACCAUAUACCGAGCCGACCUUUGCUCCUACCGAUGAAACUCCUCGUCGUCGACAAGUUGACAACCAGUUCUUUCACCCUCCUGUUCCGGUAUCACCCACACAAUCAUGGAGCCUCUCAGUACCACACACACCAAAGACCCCUACUCGUGGUGUCACAAGUAAUAUAGAAUUCAGCUCAGGCUUUAGUUCUUCCUCCUCUCGAUAUGGUCCAGUAACCCCUCGUCACCAAGCACGCGAUGUUCGAAUCAUCAGCGGCGGCGGCUCUACCCCCGGUGGUCCUUUCGACGUAUUCGGUUCUGACGACAGCCGAUUUGACCCAACAUCCACUCCCUCUCGAGGAAUAAAAUUCGGCGUUCCGUUCGCUACUCCAAAUGACAAGCACACCCCUUCUGCUCGUGUUUUCCACACUCCCUCUAAACCGAGCACGCGCACAGGCGGAGGCGUUCCGGGCUCUGCAUCUUUUGGUGCCUCUGGAUUUCUGUCUUCAGCUCUGAGUGAGCGAAGUAGCGGCGACGGGAUUGGUCGGGUCGAGAGCGGUCCGUACCCCUAUGCACGACCGUCACAUCCUGGAGCACCAUACGAUGACUCUUCUCCCAUUCGUCGCGAGGGACACCGGAUACGUCGAAUUGUUGAUCCUCCUACCAUGUCAACGCGCGCGCUCUUCAUUGAAGAGUCUCCUUUGGCUCGAACGAAGGGAAAGGGACGUGCAUUGGAUUUUGGUGUCGGAUCGCAUGGAAUUGCCUGA